AUGGCCUACCAUAACGACGACUUCGACUUCGAUGCCCCUCAGUUCCCGACCCGGUCGCCGUCUCAGAUGUCUUUCGCUUCUCACGCCGACUCAAUGGCUCCGCUCGGAUCGGCUGGUGCCUUCAAGUGCGACAUCAUGGUCAAGUUUCUCCGGCAGCGGCAAAUGGAGAAACUCUGGUCCAAUAGCGUGGAUGGGGAAGGUGUAAUCCUGAAGCGAGGCAAGAACGACUUUGUCUGUCAACCCUCGGAGCUUUUAUUCGAGAACAAUGGACUUUUCCACCAAGUCUGUCAGCUCAAUGUUAAAGUUGCCAUGACAGUGAAGACCGAUGUCAUCGAGACAUUCUUGCGAACAUCACAGCUUCCGUACGUUCCGUACGUCGAUGGUCUGCGGAUUCAGGUGCUCCCAGACAUCAGCUUUCUGUCAACCGGCAAAAAGCACCACUUUGCCGCAUUCAUUCAAAAUCCAGGCUAUCUCGUGGUAUGGCACGAUGAUCCGGAACAGGUCAUCAACAGAGCCGAGAAGAUCGAACAACAUCUCGUGUCUCUUCUCUGGAAGGACGAGAACCUCGUCAUCCCGAAGAGUGAAAAUGCCAGUGCUGCUCCGAGCAUCCGGGAGAAGGCAGAUAAUGCCGACGUGGAAGACGCACGUCGCUUUGACGACAGCCCGAGAAGGACUAUUCUUUACCAGGCUGUUUUGAUGGGACUGGCCGGAUUACUUGUCAUCUUGACUAUCGGUGUCGGGUGGCGUAAGGUUGCCAUUGAAGUGAAGACCGACAGCACUUAUGUUCGCCUUGCUCUCGCAGCCGUCAUCCUGCCUCAGAUCUGGCUCGGUUGGUUCUUCUUUCAGACACUGGUCAACGGCAUCUCGCAGCUGUUUGGUCCUGUCAAUCAACUGGACUCCAAUUCUCGAACGUUCUCCGGUAUCAGAAGCAAAAGGCUGGAAACGGAUACGCUUCCGCAUGUGACGGUUCAGUGCCCGGUCUACAAAGAAGGUCUCUGGAGUGUCAUUGAUCCGACAAUGGUCUCCAUCCGCGAAGCCAUCUCUACCUAUGAAAUGCAGGGCGGGACAGUGAACAUUUUUGUCAAUGACGAUGGCAUGCAGCUCAUCAAGGACAAUGAAGCCAAGGAACGCCGCGAGUACUACGAAGAACACAACAUUGGCUGGGUCGCCCGCCCCAAGCACAAUCCCAACCCGAAGCCUGACAGCGGAGAGAGAGCGUUCACUCGUGCGGGAAAGUUCAAGAAAGCCUCGAACAUGAACUAUGCGAUGAACGUCUCCGCGCGAGUUGAGGACAGGCUUGCCGCGAUACCUCGCCACGAUGCUUGGACGCAACAAGAUGAGGAUGAAGUAUACCAACGCAUCCUCCAGCAGAUUAUUGAGGAGGAUGAAGGCAGAACUUGGGCGCAGGGCGAUGUCCGCAUUGGCGACUACAUUCUCAUCAUUGACUCCGAUACCCGAGUGCCUGCCGACUGCUUUCUUGACAUGGUAAGCGAAAUGGAAGCUUCACCCCAGGUUGCCAUCAUCCAAUUCAGCUCAGGGGUGAUGAACGUCACGACGAGCUUCUUCGAGAAAGGUAUCACAUUCUUCACCAACCUGGUGUACACUGCCAUCCAGUUCGCUGUUGCAAACGGCGACAUUGCACCUUUUGUCGGCCACAAUGCUGUCUUGCGGUGGUCUGCUUUGCAGGACAUUGCCUACGAGGAGGACGGUGUUGAGAAGUACUGGGCAGAGACGACUGUGUCGGAAGAUUUUGACAUGGCGUUGAGGCUGCAAUCCAAGGGCUAUGAUCUCCGCUUCAGCACAUACUUUGGCUCCGAAGGCUUCCAGGAAGGUGUGUCUCUGACAGUGUAUGAUGAACUGGCGCGUUGGGAAAAGUAUGCAUACGGUUGUUCUGAACUCAUCUUCAACCCACUGAUCUACUGGCCGACUCGAGGCCCGGUGACUCCGCUGUUCCGCAAGUUCAUAACCUCAAACAUGUCUGUCAUGGCCAAGAUCACCAUCAUGUCUUAUAUCGGCACAUACUACGCCAUUGGUUCAGCUUGGGUGCUUACCGCUCUGAACUAUUUUCUCAUCGGCUGGUUCAACGGCUACCUUGACCACUACUACACGGACUCAUUUAAGAUCUACUUCUCCAUCGUUGUGGUCUUCCAAGCUUUGGGCACUGUGUCGCUGGCUGUUCUGCGAUAUCGCGUUGCUGGUCGCUCUCUCAUCGGCGCUUUCCUCGAGAACCUCACUUGGUUACCGCUUUUGACGAUCUUCCUCGGCGGCAUUUCCAUCCACGUCUCACAAGCCAUUGCCUGCCACAUGCUCUCUAUCAAUAUGACCUGGGGCGCAACGGCAAAAGAGGCUACUCGCACCUCGUUCUUUGAAGAGGUUCCGACCAUCUUGCGCCGGUUCAAGUUCACCUUCCUCUUCUGCUUCCUCAUGGUUUUCGGCAUGAUUGUGCUUGCCGGCGUGGGGCCGCUCGGUCAUUUGGUUCCUCACGAUUGGCAAAUCAAGGACUUUACGGCAAUUUGGCCGAUGGCACUUGUCGUUGCAUUCCACUUCCUUCUGCCAUUGGUGUUGAAUCCAGGGUUGAUGCAGUUUACUUUCUGA